AUGCUUCUCUUCAAUCAUGCAGCUUACGAAAAGAACCAUGUUGAUUUCUUUCCCUACAACUACCAAAUUAAUCUCAAGAUACGGGCUAAUGAGCUGGAUUAUAAACGAGUUAAGCUGAAAAUAUGGGAUACUACUAGACAAGAGCGAUUCUGGACUAUCACAACUGGUUUCUCUUAG